AUGGCGAGUAAGCUCGCCCCAAGGACUAGGGCCCUUUUGGACAAAAUUAUCAGAGUAGACCACGCGGGCGAAAUUGGGGCUAAUAGAAUAUAUCAAGGACAAUUGGCUAUUUUAGGAAAGACUCCCGAUGGGCCCACCAUUUCAGUAAGUUCUUUGAACACCGAAAGUUCAGGCUUCCUAUAUUAG